UUUUAGGAAAUUUUGUUUAUCUUUGACACAUCAUUGAAAGUAUUUCCUGAAGAAUAACGAAAAUUAUUUAUAUUAAUCAAAACUAGACUAUUUUGUAGAGAAUUUUUCCUACAACAUCCAAUAAUGAUAAUAAUAAUAAUAAGUUAUUCUGAAUAAUAUAUUUAUUAUAUUAUAUUUAGAAUUUCAUACAUAUCAUACAAAAGUUUUCUAUGCUAUCUAUGACAAAGUUGAUAUGCGUCAACUUUUACCUGAUUUAACUGAAAAAUGGCCAGCUGAACUUAUUCGUCCAUAUAAUGGAAAACCAUUUGAAAUUCCACAACCAGUAUUAAAUGAUAAGAAUAAUGAAAUAGUCCAUGAAUAUUUUUGGCAUAAAUUACCAGAUUUUAUUCCAGAAAAUUCAAUAAUUCUUGCAGAAACGGGUACAUCUGAAUUUGGUAUUUUUAAUAUGCGUGCACCACGAGGUGUUACAUUUUUAACUCAAAUAUUAUGGGGUUCAAUUGGAUAUACUGUUGGUGCAGCUUUAGGAGCAUCUUUAGCUGGAAAAUCUGAUAAUCGUCGAGUUUUUGUUUUGGUUGGAGAUGGUUCUUUUCAACUUGUUUGUCAAGAAGUAUCAUCUAUGUUACGUUUUCAAACAAAUAUAGUUCUUAUAUUAUUAAAUAAUGACGGUUAUACUAUUGAAAAGCUUAUUCAUGGACCUGAACGUGCUUAUAAUAAUAUUCAAAUGUGGCGUUAUCAUAAGAGUUUUGAAUAUUUUGGUGAUGGAUUAAAACAAAAUUGUCCACAAUCGAUAACUGGUUUUGCUGGUCAAGUUAAAACUCGUGAUGAAUUUGAAAAAGCCAUGCAACAAGUUGUUAAUGAAACCGAUAAAAUUCAUUUUGUUGAAGUUAUUAUACCAUCAAUGGAUGCACCAAAAAGUUUAGUUGUUACUAUUGAAGGUACACGUGAAUACAAACGACGAGAACGUGAAGGACAAGAAUAA